UCCUUUCAAGUUUCAAACAAUAAACAAUAGACAACAAUUCCCAUUGUCCACCAACACAACAACUUCCGCUAGAUCUGUACCUACGCACUAAAAGUAAAUAUAUAGUCCCGUCCGGCGCCGGUGCUGACAUGGAUAUUCGCCGGCCACCCAGCAAGGCCAUGCGUUCUGGCAAAGCCGGCGAACCUUUCAAAUCCUACCAGAACUACAGUAACAACAUGAAGCAGCAGCAGCAGAAUCUGAAAGCAUCAUCGGAUGCAGUACUACUACUCCGAGUGCCCCUUUACAUCACCAAUGGAAUCUUUUUCACGCUAUUCUUCUCGGCGGCCUACUUCCUCCUCCACAGAUGGCGUGAAAAGAUCCGCACCUCCGCUCCUCUCCACAUCCUCUCCCUCUCCGAUAUUGCCGCCAUCGUCUCCCUCAUCGCUUCCUUCAUCUAUCUCCUCGGCUUCUUCGGCAUCGGUUUCCUUCUUUCCAUCAUCCCACGUGCUUCGCAUGACCACGAAGACGCUUGGGAUGUCCAUAACAAUGAUCAUCUCAUUGCCAAAGAAGACAGCCGUCCCCCGGGCCCUUGCGCCGCUGCCAUUGACUACUCCCUCGUCCCUCCAGUGCUGCCAUGCACUAAUGGCAGUAGUAAUGCUGCUGCUCCAUUGCCCUUGUCCCAGGACGACGAGGAGAUCAUCAAGUCGGUGGUGUCCGGGUCCACUCCUUCGUACUCGCUGGAGGCCAAGCUCGGGGACUGCAGGAGAGCGGCGGCGAUCCGAAGAGAGGCCCUGCAGAGGAGUUCCGGGAGAUCCCUGGAGGGGCUGCCCUUGGAAGGCUUCGACUACGACUCCAUACUGGGGCAGUGCUGUGAGAUGCCCGUUGGGUACGUGCAGAUCCCCGUGGGGGUAGCGGGUCCGCUGUUUCUGGACGGAAAGGAGUACACCGUGCCCAUGGCCACCACGGAGGGCUGCCUCGUGGCCAGCACCAACAGGGGAUGCAAGGCCAUCUACGCCUCCGGUGGGGCCACCACCGUCUUGCUCAGGGAUGGGAUGACCAGAGCUCCCGUUGUGAGGUUCAGUUCCGCCAGCAGAGCCGCCGAGCUCAAGUUCUUCUUGGAGGAUCCUCUCAAUUUUGAAUCCCUCUCUCUCGUUUUCAACCGAUCAAGCAGAUUUGGAAAGUUACAAUACAUAAAAUGCGCAAUAGCCGGAAAGAAUCUUUACAUGAGGUUCAGCUGCAGCACUGGGGAUGCCAUGGGGAUGAACAUGGUCUCCAAAGGCGUCCAAAACGUCCUCGAUUUUCUACAAGACGACUUCCCUGACAUGGAUGUCAUUGGCAUCUCCGGAAAUUUCUGUUCAGACAAGAAACCGGCAGCCGUAAAUUGGAUCGAAGGGCGUGGGAAGUCUGUGGUUUGCGAGGCAAUCAUCAAGGAAGAGGUGGUGAGGAAGGUAUUAAAGACCAACGUAGCUGCCCUGGUGGAGCUUAACAUGCUCAAAAACCUAACGGGGUCUGCCGUGGCCGGUGUUCUAGGCGGGUUCAACGCCCAUGCAAGCAAUAUUGUCUCUGCAAUCUACAUAGCCACUGGCCAGGAUCCUGCCCAGAAUGUGGAGAGCUCCCACUGCAUCACCAUGAUGGAAGCUGUUAACGAUGGAAAGGACCUCCAUAUCUCUGUAACCAUGCCUUCCAUUGAGGUGGGCACAGUUGGAGGUGGGACCCAACUUGCAUCUCAGUCAGCUUGCCUAAACCUACUUGAUGUGAAGGGUGCAAACAGAGAUUCCCCAGGCUCAAACUCAAGGCUGUUAGCCACCAUUGUAGCUGGUUCUGUCCUAGCUGGAGAGCUUUCCCUCAUGUCUGCACUUGCAGCCGGGCAGCUUGUUAAGAGCCACUUGAAGUACAAUAGAUCUUCCAAGGAUAUGUCCAAAAUAUCCCCAUAAGGGAAAUUAAGCCGAUACUCCCUUCCUUAGUAAGUACUGAAGAUAAUACAAUAUAUAUUGCCCCGAAAACAAAAAGAAAUGAAGGAAGAAAAAAAGUAAAGGAUACCGUAGAAAUAAUAAAUUCUCAAUGAAGACAAUGGGGGUAAGGGGAGAGAACAUGGUGCUUGCUGGGCAUGCGUUGGAGGGGAAGAAAAAAAAAGGCUCUCCUUCUAUACAUGGUAACCACGUGAGGCAUGGUUCUCUUUCCAAGAUAUAUAAAUAGCCUGCAAUUUGUGAAAAAUGAAAAUUGUGGGGACUGCAUGGGAUUAGCUGCAGCACCGUGUGUGUGUGAGUUUUUUUUUCUUGUUGUUGUUGUUGUUGUUGUUGGCUUCCUCUCCUUGUUUGUUUCAUAGACAUGUAACUUGCUUGGACCAAGAGGAUCUAAUAAUAUGUACUUAGGUCGAUCAGUAGGUGGCUGUAAUCUUCUUUUCUUUUUGUUUUCUUUAGUAAUAAGAUGGAUAUUGUAAGCUCCGGUGAUCACAAAA